GCGAGGGGUGGAGAACGGCAGGGAGACGGAGGAAGAGGGGACGGCAGUGGCUUGCUCAGAUUCCGGCCCUUUUUCAAAUCGACAUUUGAAUCAUUUCAUUUGAAAUUGUCGAUCUAUAAGUCUCAAAACAGAAACAUGGCGCAGCCUGAUAAUAAGAAAUUCUUUGAGAAUCUCUCCGGAGCGGGGAAAGCCAUCGCCGUUCUGACGAGUGGAGGGGAUGCUCAAGGUAUGAACGCCGCCGUUCGCGCCGUUGUCCGGAUGGGAAUCUACGUGGGAGCCAAAGUCUACUUCAUUCACGAGGGCUAUCAGGGCAUGGUGGAUGGCGGGGAUAACAUAAAGGAGGCCAAAUGGGAAAGCGUCUCAAGCAUGUUACAAGUGGGGGGCACGGUGAUCGGCAGCGCCCGGUGCAAGGAGUUCCGCACCCGCGAGGGCCGCCUGAAGGCCGCCCACAACCUGGUGCAGCGGGGCAUCACCAACCUGUGCGUGAUCGGGGGGGACGGCAGCCUCACGGGGGCCAACCUGUUCAGGGAGGAGUGGAGCGGCCUGUUGGAGGAGCUCGUCCAGCAGGGGCUCAUUAACGAGGAGGCAGCCCAGACGUACUCGGCCCUGCACAUCGUGGGAAUGGUGGGGUCCAUCGACAACGACUUCUGUGGCACCGACAUGACGAUCGGGACCGACUCCGCCCUGCACAGAAUCAUCGAGGUCGUGGAUGCGAUCAUGACCACUGCUCAGAGCCAUCAGCGGACGUUUGUGCUGGAGGUCAUGGGACGGCAUUGUGGGUACCUGGCUCUGGUGAGCGCUCUGGCUUGUGGGGCGGACUGGGUGCUGAUUCCUGAGAUGCCUCCUGAGGUGGGAUGGGAGGACCAGAUGUGCCAGAAGCUGUCUGAGAACCGAGCAGGGAAGAAAAGGCUGAAUAUCAUUAUUGUAGCGGAAGGGGCGAUCGAUUCUAACAACAAGCCCAUUACCACAGACUGUAUCAAGGACCUUGUUGUGCGAUCCCUGGGAUUUGACACUCGCGUCACCAUAUUGGGUCAUGUCCAAAGAGGCGGAACCCCGUCCGCUUUUGACCGAAUUCUGGCCAGUCGAAUGGGAGUGGAGGCCGUCCUUGCCCUGCUCGAAGCGUCGGUCGACACCCCGGCCUGCGUUGUGUCCCUGUGCGGAAACCAGGCUGUGCGCUUGCCCCUCAUGGAGUGCGUACAGAUGACGCAGGAGGUGCAGAAAGCCAUGGACGAGAAGAAGUUCGAGGACGCGGUGCGGCUGCGUGGCAGGAGUUUUGAGAACAACCUGAACACUUACAAACUGCUGGCUCACCGCAAACCAGACUCGGAGCUCCCAAACGACGGUGCCCCGUAUGGAAGCUCCUUCAACGUGGCGGUGAUGAACGUGGGCGCCCCAGCAGCCGGCAUGAACGCGGCGGUGCGCUCCGCCGUCAGGGUGGGCAUCUCCGAGGGACACAAGAUGUUCGCCGUCAACGACGGCUUCGAAGGCUUCUACAAGGGACAGAUUAAAGAGAUCAAAUGGGGAGAUGUUGGAGGUUGGACUGGCCAAGGUGGAUCCAUAUUAGGAACAAAACGAACACUUCCUGCAAAAUAUAUGGACAAAAUUGCUGAGCAAAUGCGAAUACAUAACAUCAACGCAUUGCUCGUGAUUGGUGGAUUUGAGGCCUACCUGGGAAUCAUGGAAUUGUUAGCUGCCCGUGGGACAUAUGACGAGUUCUGUGUCCCCAUGGUUAUGGUGCCCGCCACCGUCUCCAACAAUAUACCGGGCUCUGAUCUCAGCAUCGGUGCAGACACUGCUCUGAACGCUAUAACUGAUACGUGCGACCGCAUAAAGCAGUCGGCCAGCGGCACCAAGCGGCGCGUCUUCAUCAUCGAAACCAUGGGGGGCUACUGCGGCUACCUGGCCAGCGUCGGGGGGCUGGCCGCCGGGGCCGACGCCGCCUACAUCUUCGAGGAGCCGUUCGACAUCCGGGACCUGCAGUCUAAUGUGGAGCAUUUGACAGAGAAGAUGAAGACCAGCAUUCAGAGAGGUUUAGUUUUAAGGAAUGAGAACUGCAACGAGAACUACACGACCGAUUUCAUCUACCAGCUGUACUCGGAGGAAGGGAGGGGCGUGUUUGACUGCAGGAAGAAUGUUCUGGGCCACAUGCAGCAGGGAGGUGCCCCAUCACCCUUUGACCGAAACUUUGGGACAAAGAUCUCAGCUAAAGCCAUGCAGUGGAUCUCUAAGAAGCUCAAGGAAUCAUACAGACAAGAUGAAGGGAGAGUGUUCGCUAACUCGGAGGACUCGGCCUGCCUGCUGGGGAUGCGCCGCCGUGCCCUCGUCUUCCAGCCCGUCAUGCAGCUGAAGGAGGAGACCGACUUUGUUCACAGAAUUCCAAAGGAGCAGUGGUGGCUGAAGCUCCGCCCCCUGAUGAAGAUCCUGGCCAAGUACAAGACCAGCUACGACGUGUCUGACUCCGGCCAGCUGGAACACGUUGUACGUAACAGAACCAAAGAGUUGGACGCUGCCAUCUGAGGCCCUGGGGGGCCCCCACUUAACUUAUUCUACAAGGGUUGUCUGUGGAGAGUGCUGAUAACGCUUAGCUCUUUAAAGAAAUGUUACUGUACUUGCACUGCCACCCCCCCCCCCCCAACCUAUCCCC